CUGCUUAGAGUAAAACCUGCCGGCUGCUCGGCUGUCCUCAGGGGUGUGGUUGUCGCCACUGUCCUUGUUUCCUCUGAAGAAUUUGACGUGACCGAGGCAGGAGGAUGCUACGAGCCUCACCCUGAUGUUACUACGUCCAUCCCAAGGAGUACAAUUUAGAGUAGCGAUCGGCUGUUUCUAUUUUCUUUUUCUUUAACAACCUUUGGAACAAGAAGGAAGAAGGUUACCAAAUUGAAUGUUUGACUAGAGUAGAUCCCCCACAUCCGGAUAGAGAACAACUUAAGUCCUAUUAAUUUAUUGUUUCUCAUCCCAGGUUUGUAAUCCCUGUAAUUCAUGAAUAGAGACGGAGUGUUAAAUCAAUGAGGUUUUUUACUAACCAACCUGUAUAUACCUUGAAUGUGAAUUUUCAGUGCUAUUUUCCCAACAAUUGCCUGCAGUUUUCCCAAUGCCUGAAGUUGGGUUAAAUUCCAAAUCUAUGUGGAAAGUAUAUCAGUUGAAUAUGGAGAGUUUUUCGUUGUUUGGCUUUUUUUUUUCCUAGACAUUCUUAAAUCAUUAACCAAAAUCCCAAAGAUUUAAGUGCCAUUUAAGUCUCUUCUCCUUCAUAACGGGUACGUUGGAGGUUAUUUCUUCUGUUUUAAAACAGUUGAUAAUAUAUAUUUAAAGAUACUUGGAAGAAAACAAGGACAUUUCAGUCAGUUGUAACCCAAACCAUUGUUAGUCUUUUAUAGUAGGUCUCUUCUAGUCCCUCGUGUCAUUGCUUCUUAGUUUGUCAAACUAUUUUCAUCUCCGUUUUCUGGUAGCUCCUUAAGGUACUAGAGUCCAUGUGUUGGGGAGUGUUUUGUCCGAUUCUGACAAAAAAAAAAGCUACGAGCUAGACAGUCACCCAGUCAACCCAGUCAAGAACCGCCUGGGUCCUCUUUCUUUUUACAUCUCAUAAAGAGCUCGGUGCCUAACCUACAUUUAGCCUGUUGCCCGAUGCCCACCAGCUACCAUCUGGCUUCUGUUAGUUUAUACUGGACAAGUUUUAUGGAGAAAAAAAAAUUGAGCCCCUGUUGAAUAUACACUUCAGUAGUUGCAUGGGGGGUUAGAAUGACAAAGUUAUCUCUCCCCCUUACCCCCCAUUUCCUCUUUGGCCAUUGAACUGCUGGGCCCUGAAGAUUGAGGCAGGAGGGACCGAAGGCAAGGAAUAGGUUCUUCACUCAGAGAAAGAAGCAGGAGUCACUUUAUUCAGGGCAUAGCAUCGUAACCUGGGAGAAAAGUGGGUGGAGGAAGGACUACGAUUUUAUGUGAAGAGUGAGAGGACGGGUUUUAUUGUGAGUCGCUGUGAGCACUUUAAUACUAUGGAUUCCUAGAGAAACUUCUGGCAGGUGAGUUCACAGUAUUCUGUAAUCCAAGUCAUAAACAUUAAAAGCUGAAAAAAUUAUAGUCAUUACGUUAUUUUGAAAUGUGAGGGAAAAACCGUUAGCUGUGCUGACAUACAGUUGUUCCAAGAGAAGCUGAGUAAGGUUAAGUAGAGAAACUGUCUUCACUUGGCAUUUUCUUGCUUGUCAUAUUAAGAUUGUUAAAGAGUAUGGAGCCUCCAAAAAUAUCUGUACAUGUGUAUUUUAGAGCCAUGUGCUGUGUAUUUGUGCAGUUUAGGUUUGUAGAAAGGACUUUCCGACAUCAUAGUAACAAAUGCCAGGCUGGUGUUUUUAAUGUUUUCCAGUAUUUCCUUUCCCCUUCUCCAAAUUGCCUUAGACACAAAAGCUACAAUCUACCCCUAUCCCCCCUGAGGCUGUAGUGUGUGGAACCUCGCAAGUGCCUAUCCGUUUUACUAAAGUUUUGUGUUCUUCCAAGUUUGACUGUUAAAACAAUCUCGGGAUCAGAGAGGUGACAAUGGAUAGUGACAUCAGGCUGUCACUAGACAACCCUGGCUCCAAACUCACUAUGGGGACCCCUUCAUUAAGGAAAAUAAAGAAUGUACAUUGGCAGUUGAACUACUAAUGUUAAGGUGGCCAAAUACCUGCCGUGAAGCAAGUUAAGGGAAGGGUUUAAUUUGGCUUAUAGUUCUAGGGCAGUGGUCCUCAACCUUCCCAAUACUGGAACCCGUUAACACAGUUCCUCAUGUUGUGGUGACCCCCAACCAUAAAAUCAUUUCAUUGCUACUUCAAAACUGCGGUAGUUUUACUGCAAUGGAAAUAGCCGUUGCGACUCCUGAAGUGAUCACAACCGAUAGGUUGAGAACCACUGCCCUAGGGGAUACAGUCCCUCAUGGUGUGGAGGUAAGGGGACAGUGUGUGUUGGGAUGGGGGCGAAGGGGGGAGUCAGGAAGCAGCAUGAGAUGAAUGCUGGUAGCUUACUUUGUCCUGAUUCAGAUGGAGAUCCAUAGAACAUUCACUCAUGAUGUUGUAUUCAGGGUAGUUCCCUCUCCAGGUGAACCUUUUUGGAAACAUCCUCACAGACACACUGAGAUGCAUUUCCAAGGUGAUUCGAAAUCCAAAUUGACAAGAAUAACCAUCAAAGAUGGUUAGGUUACAUUGGAAUUUUCUGUGACACACAUUUGUCUGGUAUUUGGCACAGCUAGCUCAAAACAUUUCUUCUCAGUUCUCUCUGUCUUAUGGGGUGUGGGGUGUAGCAAGUGUGGGUGCUCUCAGACCCAAAGAGGGUGUCAGAACUGGAGCUGGAGUUACAGGUGGUUCUGAGCCACUUCCUGCAUGAGCACUGGGAUCUAUCCAAACUUUGCUCUACACUGCUGACCGCUCUAGCACCUUAAUUCCGUAGCCAGCUCUUAAUCUUACCAGUCUACUAUGUACUAUGCUUUCUGUCCCCCAUUCGGGAGAGCAGCAGGGUAAAACAGAUGUGACUCAUAAGUCUUUAGAGUUUGCAGUCCAGUUUCAUUGAUCACAGUACUAGGUUUUCUUUUGAGACAGGGUUUCUCUGUAGCCCUGGCUGUCCUGGCUGUCCUCUUUAGACCAGGCUGUCUUCUGACUCUGCCACUACAACCCAACUAGCUGAUCAAGGUAUUUUUUAGUCUGCCAGAUUUCCCAGCAAUGUCUGUAAAAGUAUCAGAUAUUCAUGAUAUAUACCAACUCAGUUAAAAAGCUGGUAGACAACCUUAUGUUUAUGUUAUGUGCGGAUUAAUUUUAUACCCUUUCUCCUACAAAAUGUCAGUAUGUCAUGAGUUAUUUUUUUCUUUUUUUUAUAUAUUUUUAAAGAUUUAUUUAUUUUUAUAUAUGUGAGUACACUGUCACUCUCUUCAGACACACCAGAAGAGGGCAUCGGAUCUCAUCACAGAUGGUUGUGAGUCACCAUGUGGUUGCUGGGAACUGAACUCAGGACCUCUGGAAGAGCAGUCAGCACUCUUAACCAUUGAGCCAUCUCUCCAGCCCCCAUGUCAUGAGUUAUGAUAAAAAAUUUUUAAAAUUUACUCAACACCUAAAUGCUUCUGUACCUUUAACCCUCUUCUGAUUCUGCUUAGCUAAUUGAUGCUCUUAAUACUUAAAGUCUGAAACAAAACAUGACAUUGCUUUGUAAUAUAAGGCCACUUGUCUUAUAUUGCUUUGCUCUCCCAUAUUGGGUAGUAUUUCAGUUUUGUAUUUUAUCAGAAAGCUACAUUUUGGAAUCUUAUGUAAAUUUCCCCCAACAGUAAUAGUAAUUCUCCUAUCCUGUUGGGCUCCAGUAAAUGAGUGGCUUUCAGAUUCCUCUAUCAGAGCCAGUAAUGUCUGGAAAGGAAAUCUGGGGAGGUUUGACGCUUUGAGCUACACUGUGCUUUGUACCUCAAACUUCGUACCAUCUUGUAGAGAUACUUUGUAACAACCCUCUAACAAUUCAUUCUUAGUUAGCUAUAGAUGAUAGAUCAAAGGCUGGCAAUUUAAUUACUAAAGCGUCAUACAGUUUUAGUAAAGGGUAAUAUUUUUCUGAUUAGUGUUGGAAGGGUGCUAAAACUUGCAGUUCACUUAGGGUUUUUAUUUUUUCUAAUUUUCAUGUAUUAUAAUAAACACUUUACCAUUUUCACUAAAGCUAAGUAUACAUUUUCUUUUUUUUUUCUUUUUCUUUUUGGUUUUUCGAGACAGGGUUCUCUGUGUAGCCCUGGCUGUCCUGGAACUUGUAUAGGUAACUCAUACAAGUAAAACCAUGCCUUGUUUUUCUAUAAUUGUCAUAUUAGAUUUAAUAUGUCCUCAGUGUUCAUUCAACUUACAGCAUUUAUCAAAGUUUCAUUUUUUUAUAAAGACAGUAAUUUUAUAUCUAUUCUUACCUACGUGUAUGUAUGUGUCCUGCAUGUGUGUGUGGUUCUCCUUGGAGGCCACGAGAGAGUGCCAGAUUACCUGGAACUGGACCCAGAACCCCAGGUGCUCUUAACUACUGAGCCCCCACAUUUAAUUUCUUUUUGAAACUGAACAAUUUAAGCUACUGCUGCUGAUAGUGGUGGCUGUGUUUGUGGUGGUGGCAGGGGCAGCAGCAGCAGCAACAUACACCUUUAAUCUCAGGAGACACAGGCGGGCAGAUAAGAGUUUGAAGCCAGCCUGGUCUACAGAGUAAGGACAGCCAGGGCUACACAGAAAAACCCUGUUUUGAAAAGCAAACAGGCACAAAUGGUCAAGGAAAUAACUUUCUAAAACUGAACAGGGGUAGUGUAAAACAAGAAAGCUAUAGUAUCCUGUAACAAGAAUUUCCAGAUAUCAUUGUCAGCGAGAUAAGAGUAUAUUUCUUUCUUAUAUUUCUUUGCUAGAGUACUGGUUCUCAACAUUCCCGAAGCUGCAAUUCUUUAAUACUUGGUAACCCCAGCCAUAAAAUUUAUUUUUGUUGCUACUUCAUAACUAAUUUUGCUACUGUUUUUUGUUAUCUAUUUUCUGGUGAUCUUCAGUGACCCCUGUGAAAGGGUCUUUUGACUCCUAAAGGGAUCACGGUUACAGGUUACAGGUUGAGAUCUACUUUCCUGAGGCUCCUGGGCCCUGGCUUCAUUUACACAGUUGUCAAGGGUCCAGCUGUGGCUUGUAAGGAUUGACCUCUCCUAUUUAUUCAGUGGCCUGCCUGUACCACUGUCCCAGUGUCCGUAUUCUGGAUGCUUGAUGAAGGAGGGGCUAGAGGAGGAACAUGUGCUGGAAGGGUGACUUAGAGAAGUUGCAGUACUACUACAGCUCAUUCAACCUAAAAAUUCAGCCAAAAAGUGGGACUGUGGCUUCAUGAAAGCCUAGAGUAUAUAGCUGUGUUUACAUGGCAGUCUGGCCCUGUAGAUUAUUUAUUGGGCCUGUCUGCUAAACACCAUCAGUACUAUGUCAGAGGAAUGGUUUUGGUGAUUAAAUUGUAAACUAGCAUUAUAUUUGGUAUAUAUAACCAUGUUUGGCUUAAAAGCCUAAGUGAGUUUUCCCUUUAUCCAAGUUUUCAUUGAUAGAAUUUGUGUAUAGUAAAAUGUGAAGAGCAAUCUGAUUUUCAGGGAGGGCUGUGUAAGGGAAGAGGAGGCACAGUAGUGGCUGGGGAGAUAAAUGAUGGGCAAGGGACAUUUGCUAAAUAUACUUUCAAAAAUGCUGAAGUCAGAAAACCUUUAUUCCUCGCUUUAUUUUAUUGUAGCAUCUUGGAUAGGUUCUUGUUAUAAUACAUGCCCUUUUUCAUCUGUAUCAUAUGUAGCUUAAAUGAGAUAAUGUCUGAGAAGUGCUUUGUGAACUGUAAGUGAAAGUUUUUUCAACCUUUUACCUACAUCACAUCUUGUAGGAAAGAGCAGGUACUUGUCUGUGUUUACAAGUGUUGUCUUUGCCAGAUCUCAGUUGCCUUUUGUGGUUUUAAUAAAGAUUUUAGUCUUUUUGAUAGAGGGACUAUAUUGAAUUUGGGUAGAAAAAAGGUCACAUAUAAAAUAACCUUUUUAGUGUCAUGAAAAGAGGUAUCUGUCUGCCUUGAAGUAUAUGAGGUUGAGGCUUGUCCCUUAGGACAUGGAAGCAGUGAUCUUAGACAUGGAAGCAGUGAUCUUAGAAGUGAGGAUAUGUAGGAAUCCCUAAGUCGGGAUGUUAUUUUCUGGCUUUGUGAUCAUUUGCAGAUAGAGGGGAUGGUUGGGUAGUCUAUGAUGUGAUGGUUUGAGUUUGCCUACACAACUUUAGCUGUUUUAUUAAGAAUGACAAAGAAGGGUGGUGAUGGCACACCAGCCCUUGGGGGAGGCAGAGCAGACACAGGUAAAUCUCUGAAUUUGAGGCCAACCUAACCUGUUUGUUCCAGGCAGCCAGGGCUACACAAAGAAGCCCUGUCUCAAAUGAAUUACAAAGAAAUAUAUCUAUUUCUAUUAAUAUUUUUUAUUUCACAUUGAAGUCCCUUUUCCUUUUCAACAGAAAUUCAUAUUUGCCUUUGGGAGUUGGGGCUGUAGAGUGUACCCAACACUUUUAGUCAUAUUAGGCACAGUGAAAAUACUUCACCAUUGCAAAUACAUACUCAAGAGUUAUGUCUGUGAUAUAUGAUCAGUCUAAUUUUAUGUGAAUACUAAAUUGUAUUUUCUCUGGAUUGAAAGGAUUUGUAGACAUUAGGAUCUAUUGAAUUAGGGAGAAAAAGCUUUGAUAAACAGAUUCCACCAAAUCUAAAGUGUAAUAGAUAAAAUACUAUUAUCAAGUAAAUAACUAUAUUACUACAUAGUGUGAUUAGGACAGACUCUUUGACACUUAGGGUAGUAAAUUCUCUGAAGAUGUAGGCUCUGCUGCUAAGUUAUAUUUGAUGGAGAGGGAAGUCUCAGUCUCUUUCCUUGUGUGCUGGACAUUUAACCCAGGCCCUUUAUCACCUGGCUAUAUCUUUAGCUCUUUUAAUGAAGUUUCUUCAUCUGUGAUGGCUAUUAUACUACUGAGUUGAAAUAGUGUGUGCAAAGUAUUCCUUAGAGCCGGAGAUAGGUAAGGUUCAUUCAUUCCCAGAACCUGAUAAAAUCAAAUGCAUUUAAUUAUUGUGUGCUGCAGAGCCUGAAGUGGGAAGGGGAGACAGUCCAAUCAGGUGUUAAGGCAUCCUUGGUGUUAGAUAAAUGUUGCCUGUAGUGUGCGUAUGUGAGUUAGGACACUUUCAGUUUUCCUUUCCUCAGGGUCCCUGGAUCAGACUCAAGUUGGGGAGUGAAUUCGUGUGUCAGACUUAGGCUUGUACUGCAUUUUUACCUACUGAGCUGUUUCUGGCCCAAUUUGGUUUUGGUCUUGGUUUUUUUGAGUCAGGGUGUUAACUGUUGUAACCCAGGCUUUCCUGAAAAUUGCUGUGUAGUUCUGCUGGCCUUGAAGGAUUGAAGGGGUAGACUUUCUACACUUAAAAACAUAAUUAACAUGAAAUUAAUAGUGUGCGCUGUAUGGCUUAUCUGUCUGUGUGCUUGUCUGUAUAUUUGUAUGAAGUCUGGGUAUCUUAUCUUGUUUUUGUGUGUGUGUGUGUGCUGGGAUCUCUCCUCCAAGUAGAUAGGCUAGCUGGUCAGUAUCUGCCCAUCUCAGUUCCUGCUAGUACCGGGUUUAUAGACUGCUAUACCCAGCUUUUAUAUGGGUACUAGGAAUCUGAAUUCAGAUACGUGUGCUUGCAAAGCAAACACCUUAACCACAGAGCCGUCUCCCUAGGCUUCCCCCACUUAUUGACUUUUCAGAUAGAGUCUCAUUGUCCCAGUUUGGCCUCAGUCUUCAUGUAGCCUAAGGAUAACCUUGAAUGGAGAACUUGUGCUUCCACAUCCUGAGCCCUGGAACUACUGGUGUGCACCUGGUUUAUGUGUAGAGUUUGAACCCAGGGACUUGGGUAUGCUGGGCAAGCACUCAAAAUAGCCAAGCUGUAUCUCUAGUCCAAAUUUUUUCCUAUUAGAAUUUUAGAUUAGCAUUAUAGGCCAGAGACCUAGCUCUUGCCACGGAGUGAGACAGCUUGAGCUCAACCCCUGGGUGGAAGGAGAGGCUAACUUUCAGUUAUUUACAUCCUGAUUGCAGCUCCCACCCCCUCUUCGAGAACUACUUCUAAAAGUUGUCCUCUGACCUCUACAUGAGCCCAUAUACUUACACACCCUACGUAAAUAAAAAUAUGGGGGGAGGGGGAACCCAGCAGUCAAAGUAAUGGGCUUCAUAUGGCAUUUUAAAAAUCUUAUUGUUAUUAUUGCUGCUGCUGUUGUUGUUUGUGCAUUGAUGUUUUUACCUGCAUAUACAUCUGUGUGAGGGUGCUAUAGGUUCUCCCAAACUGGAGUUAACAGACAGUUAUGAGCUGUCGUGUGAGUGCAAGGAAUUGAAACCAGGACCUCUGAAAGAGCAGUCAGUGCUCUUACCCACUGAGCUAUUUCUCUAGUCCGUCAAGACAGAAUUGUCACCUACUGCUCAGCUCCCCUGCUAGUGUCUUCUUUCUUCUUAGCCCCGCUCCUAUCUCAUACAUAUAUUGCCCUCUCUUCCUUCUCCUUAAGAUUUCCUCUUCCUCUUUCAUGAUUCCUUCCAUUUAUGUGCACACAAUAAGUAAACAAUAUUUGUCUGGUUUGUUUUAUAUAAUACUCUAAUUUCCAGUUCUAUUUUUCUAUAAAUGCCAUUUUUAAAGCUGAAUAAAAGUCCAUUGUGUGUAUCACAUUUCAUUAUCUAUUCAUUAUCUAUUCUAAACUCGUUCCAUUUCUUAGCUCUUCUGAACAGUAUAGUUAUGAAUAUCCAGAUACCUCUGGUAGGGUUUAGAGUUCUUUGGGUAUAUACCCAGAAGUGGUAUAGCUAGGUCAUUUGGUACAAUUUUUUUUUGUUUGCUUGUUUGUUUUUGAAAUCUCCAUACUAAUUUCAGUAAUUGGUGUACCUGUUAGUGUUCUUACAAUAGCAAAUAACCAUUUCUCUCCUCAUCAGCAUUAUUUGUUAUCUUUACUUGAUAAACAUCCUGUCUGAGAAGACUGAAUCAAAAGUAGUUUCUAUUGUCCUCAAUUCCCCUUUCUUCUCCCCCUUUGUUUGGGACAGGGUCUCUCAUUAGCUCAUUUAUUGUUUGAAAUGUUUUUUAAAAUAUAUUUUUAUUAUAUGUAUGAAUGUAUGGCUGUAUGUAUAUUACACCAUAUAUAUCUGGAUGCUGGCAGAGGCCAGAAGGCAUCAGAACCUCUGGAACAGAAUUAUGGAUGGUUAUGAGCCACCAUGUGGGAAGUGGGAACUGAACCUACAACCUCUGUAAGAACAGUUCGUGCUGAGCCACCCUCCCCCUCUUUCCUUUCCUUUCCUUUCCUUUCCUUUCCUUUCCUUUCCUUUCCUUUCCUUUUCUUUCUUUUUUUUUUUUUUUUUUUUUUUUUUUGAGACAGGGUUUCUCUGUAUAGCCCUGGCUGUCCUGGAACUCACUCUGUAGACCAGGCUGGCCUCGAACUCAGAAAUUUGCCUGCCUCUGCUUCCCAAGUGCUGGGAUUAAAGGCGUGCGCCACCACUGCCCGGCCCAUCCCCCUCUUUUAAUUAAGUUUUCCCUACAUUAUAAAAGCAUAAGGCUUAAGAAUUAUUAGAGCACUGGAAGGUCCUAGUUUAUAGGAACUUGAAUCUGCUGAGCUCUAUCGCCAGCCCUGGAUUUUUAUUCUUAUUAAUGAUUUCAGUCCUCACAACUGAGGACUGAGCCGCUAGAUUCACUAGAUAGAACUUGCAGGUACAGAGGGUUAAGUAUGUUAAGGAACUUCUGCGUACCGUUUGAUGUUAGACCACUUGUUAGUUAUAUAACAAGUGUAGGAGAUAAGGUGCCACAUGCAUUUAAUCCCAGCCAUGUUUACAUAACAGGAUUCAGACUCCUCAGACUUACAUGGUAUGACCUUGUUUCAAAAAACAACAGCAAAAAACAUGGUUGGCAUGAUAGAUUAGCAGGUAAAGGUGCUUGCUGUCAACUCUAGCAACCUGAGUUUCAUCCUCAGAAUUUGCAUGAUGGGGCUGGUGAGAUGGCUCAGUGGGUAAGAGCACCCGACUGCUCUUCCGAAGGUCCGGAGUUCGAAUCCCAGCAACCACAUGGUGGCUCACAACCAUCUGUAACAAGAUCUGACUCCCUCUUCUGGAGUGUCUGAAGACAGCUACAGUGUACUUACAUAUAAUAAAUAAAUAAAUCUUUUAAAAAAAAAAAAGAAUUUGCAUGAUGGAGAGAGCUGACUAGGUUAAGUUGUCCUUUAACCUCUGUAUUAGUGCACUGGCACAUAACCCCCCCCCCCCCAUAAAUAAAACACACUCCCCAAAUUAUAGUGUGAUAGUGCUAGAGUACAGGUGUAGUAGUAGACAGGGCGUCUUUAGUGUGUUAGAGACUGCUAGAGAAAGGAAGAGUCAGGACAAAGCUAUGUUAGUUAGGUCUCAGGAACAGGAAGUUUUGUUUAACCCUUCAGACCACAGAUUCAGACGGAGAGGGGAACAUACAUAGUAUCCUUAAUUUUUUUCAUUUUUAUUUUUUGAUGUUAUACUUUUUUUUUGAAAACUAUUAUUUUGCCAUGGAUAGUUAUAGCUUAUUGAAAAUUCUAAGUCUUCAUAAAGUUCAAGGAUUUUGAGUUUUGAGAAUAUCUUUUAUUAAGGAAAUUAGAAAUAGGAACUACAGUGCCUAAGCUUUUGAAAUUAUUUGCAAGGUAAAAAAUGUAACCGUUUUUAGCUUUAGAGUAGUAUGAGAAUUAGAAAUUUGAGGAGAUAAAAGAAUAUAGAGCUGGGUAUGGUGACAUUUGCCUAUAUUCCCAGCACUGGUAGUGGGGGCGGGUGCAGGGUUGGGGUGCAGUAAGGUCAGAACCGGUUUGAGCUACAUAUUGAGACUCUUAAAAAAUGAUCUAGACUUAAACACUGAAAGUAAUAACUUGAUUAAAAGAAGUUUAUUAUUUUUAGCCUUGUAUGUUUUAUUGGCAUGCUCAUGCUGAACUUUGCAAGGGAAAAUUGUCAAACCUGUAGAUGACUCAGACGUUCAGAGCACUUGCUACCCUUACAGAGGAUCCAAGUUUGGUUCCCAUCACCCACAUGGUAGCUCACAACAUCUAUAAUUACAUUUUCAGGCUGGCUGCUUUCUUAGCCUCCAUAGGCACCAGAUAUGAACCUGGUGCACGUAACAAACAUGCAGACAGACACUAAUACACAUUAAGUCAAAACCUACUUCUCACUAACAUUCAAUAUUUAUACUUGGUUGGGUAUACAAUUUCACCUUCUGUGGUUGUUCACAGGGAGGUGAGUACAGCAUUAGCCCUCAGAAGAAACAUUUGUCCCUUCCAGGGAAGAAGUGCAGGCUUGCUUUCUUAAGUUUUUCUAAGAUUUCCACAACUAUGGUUAAAGUAAAAAUCUUUUUUUUUUUUUUUUUUGUUUGUUUUUUGUUUUUCGAGACAGGGUUUCUCUGUGUAUCUCUGGCUGUCUGGAACUCACUUUGUAGUCCAGGCUGGCCUCGAACUCAGAAAUCCGCCUGCCUCUGCCUCCUGAGUGCUGGGAUUAAAGGCGUGCGCCACCAUACCCGGCUAAAGUAAAAAUCUUAUCAGGAAAAGCUUUGUAGAAAAAAAGGUUUGGCUAGGCAUGGUGACGUGCUUGUUGAAGAAAGUUGAGGCUGGCGCUAAGACCUUGUCUCAAAACAAAUCACCACAUACAAAAACACCUUUCUGUCCAAGGACAAGGGAGCAUACGUUUGUAUCUUGUAGGCUCUAUGGGAUAUCGGGAAAAUAAAAACAUUUUUAUUUCUAUUAUACUUAUCUUCUAAUGAGAUUUAAUUAUCUUAAACUACACAAUCAUUGUAAUUUACAAUUUUCCAAAAUUGGGAAUGAUGGCAUUGGCUGGAUUUCUUCUUAGCUUUGAGCUAUUAUUGUAUGUAGCAGAGAUUAACCUCUGGCUUAAAACCAUUGCUUACCUUGUGAUAGAAAUGGUUGUGAUGUAGGAGAAUUAGCAUCAGUAGAUGUUUUAGUGGUAGGCUUGGCAAGCCAAAAUACUGAGGCUCCAUACUGUUGGCUUACCAUAUGGGUUUGUGAAAAAAGUCUUCCUCAAGAUGAUAUCUGGAAAAGUAGGGAAGGGUCCAUUGAAGGACCAGUUCUGUCUUGCUACUCAGGAACCUGCUGAUCUGCCUUGCUUUGCUUCCUUCUGAUCUUGACCUUUGUUUCUGGAUUGAAAUCCAUGCUGUCUGGCAUGAUAAAGUCACAGUUCCAUCUGCUCACAUGCUCUGCAUCUGUGGGCAAGGAAAUGUUUAUGGAUGUAUUUUUUGUUUUUUGGGAAGGGAGCGAAAAGGUCUCAUUUUGUAGAGGUACAUAGAUAAUAGAGAACAGGCUGGCCUCAAACUUAUCUAAAAUAGGCAUUUAAAACAUUCUCUAUUAUCAAACUGUGAGUGAUAAACUAUUUGCUUUUCAGGAAGACAAUUUUUUCAGCUUUUGUCUGAUUCAGAUUCAGGGAAAUGGCACUCUGUGGGAAAGACAACCUCAAUUUUUACACUCUAGUAAAAUAUGUUUCAAAUGUUCUAUUUAAAGAAGGGACACAAACUAAACUAAACACCGAGUAACAGUGCAGUCCCUGAGCAGUGGUGUACAGUGAUGGGCAUAGGUGUUUGCUUGCAUUACUCCUUUUGUUAUCAAAGUCUUUUCUCCUUUAAGUUACUACUUAAGAUGCUGGGUUUUGCUUAUGUAGCAAUACAAGUUUUUCAUUAUUUAUUAUUAUUAUUGUAAAAGAGCAAGAGAAAAUUAAAUAUAAAACUACAAACUUAAUGGGUUAUCUAAUGAUGGGGAAGGUAGGAUAUUGCCGACGAUUUGUAUUUGUAUAAGCAAUUUGUAUAAAAUCAUACUAGGAAGGGAAGGGAAUUUUUUUUCCUAAGACAGGGUUUCUCUCUGUAGCUCUGGCAGUCCUGAACUGGCCUCCAGUCUGCCUGUUGCUCUGAGUGAAAUCAACUAGGAUCUCUCUGCUAGACACCAUGAGAGUGAGACCUAAGCAGGGUUCCUCCAGUGCACUGGGCACAGCGUUCUGUUGAUGCUUAACCAAAUUCUGAGAGAUGUUUUUGCUAAUGGCCUUAGAUUCUCUACGCAGCCAAGUAUGACAUUGAGUUCCUCAUCCUCCUGUGCCUAAGUCAUCAGAUAAAAGUUUACAUCAACUAAUCCAGAAAAGGAAGAACAAGCAGACCGAGAUGUGUAGCUCAGUGACUGGUAAGCUGUGGUUCUUGACAGAUCGUCGCAUCAGGGAAGACUACCCACAGAAAGAGAUCUUACGAGCGUUGAAGGCCAAAUGUUGUGAAGAGGAAUUGGACUUUCGGGCUGUGGUGAUGGAUGAGAUGGUGCUGACGGUCGAGCAAGGAAAUCUGGGUCUUCGGAUCAGUGGAGAGCUAAUCUCUGCCUACCCACAGGUGGUGGUAGUGAGAGUUCCAACCCCAUGGGUGCAGAGUGAUAGUGAUAUUACUGUUUUGCGCCACCUAGAGAAGAUGGGAUGCCGAUUGAUGAACCGACCUCAAGCCAUCCUUAACUGUGUUAAUAAAUUCUGGACAUUCCAAGAGUUAGCUGGCCAUGGUGUGCCUCUUCCAGAUACUUUUUCUUACGGUGGCCACGAAAACUUUGCUAAGAUGAUUGAUGAAGCAGAAGUGCUGGAGUUCCCAAUGGUAGUGAAGAAUACAAGGGGUCAUAGAGGCAAAGCUGUUUUCUUGGCACGAGAUAAACACCAUUUAGCGGAUCUAAGCCAUCUUAUUCGGCAUGAAGCUCCAUAUUUGUUCCAGAAAUACAUUAAAGAGUCUCAUGGAAGGGAUGUACGAGUCAUUGUUGUGGGAGGUCGUGUAGUUGGCACCAUGCUACGCUGUUCCACAGAUGGAAGGAUGCAAAGCAACUGUUCCCUAGGCGGCGUGGGGAUGAUGUGCUCACUGAGUGAACAAGGAAAGCAGCUGGCUAUCCAAGUGUCUAAUAUCCUGGGGACGGAUGUGUGUGGCAUUGACCUGUUGAUGAAAGAUGACGGCUCCUUCUGUGUCUGCGAGGCCAAUGCAAAUGUAGGUUUCAUCGCCUUUGAUAAGGCUUGUAAUCUAGAUGUAGCUGGUAUCAUAGCAGACUAUGCUGCCUCCCUUCUGCCCGCUGGCCGGCUCACCCGGCGCAUGUCCCUGCUCUCUGUGGUGUCCACUGCCAGUGAGACUAGUGAGCCGGAGCUUGGUCCCCCUGCCAGCGCUGCUGUCGACAACAUGAGCGCGAGUUCCAGCUCUGUUGAUAGCGACCCUGAAAGCACCACCGAGCGAGAGAUGCUCACCAAGCUCCCAGGGGGGCUGUUCAACAUGAACCAGCUGCUAGCCAAUGAAAUCAAACUCCUGGUGGAGUGACUCCACUGGUAAAUAGUUAAACAACAAAACCCUUGUAAAACUGUCUCCCUGCACCCCACACCUUCCCUUUAACCAACUUGCAAUGCUGUUCAUGGAGAAUGUUCAGAAGGUUGAGUUACAGAUACAGUAAGAUUGGUUAGAAGAAAGGAAAAUAGAUGAGGCCCCUGGUAGUGAUUCAUUUAUGGAUUUCACAGAGGAAUACUAGGUGACACAGAGAGAAAUGGCAGGCUCUCAUGGUAACCUUUUCAGUUACGUAUGAAAACCCUGCUCAUAGGCCAUGAGAACGUGAAAGGUUUUUUUUUUUUUUUUUUCUCCCCAUGGUCUCUUGCUUUUGUUUUUAUGUAGAAUGGUUUUGAUCCAAGUACUUAGUAGCAUGACUUCAGUUUCAAGAUUUGUAAAGAGGAAAACAUCCAUUUACAAUACAGAAGUGUUUUAAAUAAUCUGAAAUGUCUGCUGUUUCUCUCAGCUAGCAUUUAGCGCAUAGUUGUUUAUGAACUCUAAGGGGCUCUGACUGGAAUUUCUUUAUUUUCAUGUUUGUCUUUGUUUUUUCCCCUUAAUUUGGGUGGGAGGGUAAUGUGACUAUAAUCCAAUAAAGAUUUUUAAUUACAAAAUUGGCAUGUUUGCAUGAUGAAAGGGAAAUGAACAGUAUUGCAAUGUCUGGUAUACAAAGUAACAUUUACUCAAUGUAGAUAAAGUUAUACUAGUUAAAAGUUUGUGCAUUGACUUGUAUUUGUUAGUGUUUUAGUCUUUUUUUGAAGGAUAUAUGCUCUGUUAAUGUUGCAUUUUUAAUACAUGCUGGUAACACCCUUGUUCUAUGACUGCAUCUUUAACAAUGGCCAAAGUAAACAAUAUGCUACUUUUGGUUAACAAGACACCACUCAAAACAUACACAUUUAAAAGUCUCCCUGCCUUCCUCUUUUUCUCAUUUAAAGGAUAUAAAAGACAAGUCAAUUUCUUAAUGCUAACUUUCUGUGUUUGCAUUUUUCACAUUUUAGAAAGGAGUAUAUAUGUCGCAUGCAAGUGUACAUGUUUUAUUCUUUGUUUACACCAAACAGAAUAGAUUCUAGUGAAUGGCAUGAUGGGAAGCAGUUUUUUUACUGAUGAAUUGCCUUAGACCUCAAUAGUAUAGAGAUUCUCCCCUAAAGACAACAGGAAAGUAAAUGUUCCUUAAGCUUUUUUGUGUGUUUGUAUGUAUGUUUGUUUUUGUAGACUGCUUGGUGUAUGAUUUAUUCAAGGCUACAGGCUUUUAUUUAAUGUUAUGGCUGUGCAUUUUCUUUAUGCUUAAAAGAUCUGGAGGGAGGUGGGGUGGAUGUUUUUGGGGGGAGAUUUAUUUAAGUAUUGAGUCUCAUAUAGCCCCACACCUAAGCCUUCAUUCAGUACUGACCACUCUGUUUCUUUUUUGAAUUGAUGAAAGCCCCAAACUGCAUAUAAUAUGAGCCUUUAAGUCAAGGAAUAAAACAAUCUAGUGAUGAGUCUGGAAGAUGUGUUAAGAAGUGGAGAUGCUUCAGGGGUCAACAUAAUUUUUCCCUAAGCUUUUCUGCUUCUCCAGUGCUGUUUUUCUUCAGAUGGACUUUAACCUAAUUUCUUGGACACUACUUCAAGGAGACUUCAAGGCAAUAAUAAAACAUCAGCAUUAACCACUCUAACAGAGGUCUGAUCAUGCUUAAUUGUAUAGUUCUCCCAUUUAAAAAAGGAAUGUAAUAAAACUUGCUUUCCCCCAUAGAAUUAAGUAUUAAAGCGGAGCGAAAGGUUUCAUUGACAACUAGAAUAGUACCUGUAACCGGUGCACUCUUCUCAACUCACCUCAAGACUCACAAGGAGUCUAUCUUUAGGGCACUUUAAUUGCAUCUGCACGUUCUGAUUUGCACAGGAUUAUUUGGAGUCAUACGUACCUCUGCUUCACUAACAGAAUAAAAGUACUUGGUACUUUGCUCAAUGAUCAUAUUUUGCAGGGUGCAUGGUAUUUGGUAUAGACAAAUAAAUGAACAACCGUGGAAUCAGAUCCUAAGACCAUCUGGUUGCCACUUACAUUAUGAUAUACAUGUAUGUAAGUUCAUGCAUUUGAAAACAAAUAGAACAUCUUCACUUGUUGAAAAAUUCACUUUUUUAUGGUGGGAUAAUAAAGAAACAGGAAAAUUAGUUUUUUUAAUGCAAGCAUUGCUCUAAGAUGCUUUCCCAGCAGUUUCACUCCUGGUCACACAGCCACUGUGUUGAAGUGCAGCUCUCAUCAGCCACCCUCGGGUGCCACACUCACACGCAGACUGUAAGUAGGGAAGGUGCUCAUCUUAAAUUCUCUCAAAUUAAGGUAAACAAUAAGAACAGAUCAUUCUGGAAGAACUCAAAACAAGUGAGAGUUGACUUUUAUUCAUAACUUUUAUAUAGUCUUCAUUACUACUGUGACAAAAUGUAUCAAAUUUGUGUAAUCGUGCCAAAUAUCUGAAUUACUGUAAAUUUUUUGUACACUGUUAAAAUUGUAAUUGUUAAUUGUAUUUUAAUGAUUCUGAUUUUGUUUUUAUGUUACUUAUGAUGAGAGUUGAACUCAUAGAUCCAUGCAUUAUGAACUAUGCCACUUAAACUUUCUAAUUGAGUAAGCUUUUUUGAUACUUUGUUCAUUUCUGCUGGCUUUUCUCCAAUGAACUUUGAAAUCUUUCUCUAUGCUAUCAAUAAGAAACUACUUGGAAUGUUAGAAAAAUCCAGCAAGAGACUUGCUUUCGUCAAGCACUUUAUCAGACUUUAAGACAAGCACUGGAGGCACUGGAAAAGGUCCCUGACCAUCAGUCAUCUCAUCCAAGAAGGAGAAGAGUGGAAACCCAAAUGCUCUUCACUCAGUGAACCCCCAGUGUGGGGCUGGGGGGUGUUAGAGACACUGUGAAAUCAAGUCUGGUGUUAUAUUUUCUCCUGGUUCGCUGUUUUUGAGAAGGUUUGUGGGCUAUUUGGCUGGUGAGACACGAUCCCCUCCU